AUGCAAGAGCCGCCGCAAAGACUCCGCGGCGCCAUCAUCCGGGGCAAUCUCCCCAUCACCAAAAGGCUAUUGGCUCGUUUUCCUGAGCUUUGGCUUAACAUUGAUCCCAACAACCACGGGUGGUGUAACCUCCAUUAUGCAUCAUACCAUGGAAACUACUUGGUGUGUUUCCAUUUGGUAUCGCUUAUGAACCGCAUGCGUGAAUCAGCCAAUGUGUGCGAUCUCGACUUGAUCACAUUCGAUAAUCUCACUGUGCUCCACAUGCCUUUGAUGAACCAUCAUUCUCAGACUUUACAUUUCCUCCUCCAGGAAUUCUCUGGCCACCGUUGGAUCAACCACCGGGGCGGCCCACUUUCACGAACACCUCUUCAUUACUGCUGCGUACACCAAUUUGCCGAUGGACUCAAGCUUUUACUCGAGUUUGGUGCCGAUUGGACCGCUCAGGACAAAAAUGGUGAUACUUGUCUUCACCUCUGCUUUGAGUUUGGACACUUGGACGGAUUAGAGGAGCUUGUUAAGUUCACAGCCACACGAAGACUCAAGCAGUACUUAAGGGAAUCAAGCAGUUCGGACGACGAGAAGGAGGUGAAAGAGAGGGACCUGAAAGAGAGGGAACUGAAAGAGAAAGAAUUCAAGGAAAAGGAUUUCAAGGAAUCCAAAGGUUCAAAAAUGUCUAAGGUAUCUUCAGAUUCUCUGAGCCAGACCAAAUGGGCCAUUCGAACUGCCGUGCAAGAUGAAAUCGCCAAGUUUGAGAAUAUCACCAACAACAAGGGGUGGCGGGCCGAGGAUUAUUCAGCCACAUUCGAAAUGGCCAAAAAGUACAAUUCGUUGAAGGAAACUUGGAUCGACCGUGCCGUCGAGGAGGAAUUGGCUCUUCGCCACCUUACAGACUCGGACUCGGCACUGUCAAUGUAUGUAUACGAUCCUGUCCACGAUCGCCUGGCGAAAUUGUCUCUGAACAGUUUGAGUUCGUCGCUUCACGUGGAUACGGCCGCCGGAAGCUUAACGAGCUCACUGGCCGGUGAUGCCGGAGUGUUAGCAAGCCCUAUUCACCUGAUAAUGCAACCGUUGCUGGCCAGUUCACGUCAUGGUUCAAUCUUAGAGAAUUUGGACAAUUCACCUGUCCCCUUUACUUCUAACGAUAUAACCGAGAAAAAAGGAAGACAGCAUUCACGCUCUUUGCCUGGAGCAACACCAGAGCCCAUAGCCGAGAGGCCUCCGCAGACUAGAAAACGCUCAAACACGUCGUUUGCGUUUAGCCUGCGUCCUCCACAACUUCUGGCUACCAGAACUCCAGUUUUGGCCUCGGGUUCCAUGCCUCCUCCACCAGUAACUCCUUUGCUGAUGGAGAUGUCUAAGUUGGACUUGUCGAAAACACCUUCGCUCAAGUCGGUCACCAUUUCGCCGCUGGUUCGGUACACGAAACGGAGAUCAAGCGAAGAUCUAGCUAGCGACAUCAAGACGGAGCCAAAACUCACCCGAUUCUACACCGCAGGUAAUCCUACGAGUAUACCUACGGCCGUCACUGGCAGCCCUAGCUCAGCCGUCACCCCAACAUCUACAAGGUCGCCUUUUUCACUUUCUCCACAUAAAUUAAUCCAGAGACAAAGAAGUGCAUCCACAUCCAAUGCACCAAAAUCUGACUCCUACAUUGCAGCCCGUGCUGCCGCAGAAGCCGCUGUGCGAUCUCGAGGAUCGCUGUUUCGUCUUCCACAUGGCCCUAGUACAGAAAAAGCCUCCAAACAUCCACCAUUACUUAAACGCAAUGCUUCAACGCCUGUGAUCAGCAGUUUCACAAACAUGGAUUAUGCAUCACGAAGAAUGUCCAAACAGAGUAUUAGUGACUUAUCUAGAGACUCACUUCAAAGCAAUAUUGUGCUAGAGGCUCUGAGUACUGAUGGCUCUCUUGAUACAAUUGAUCUAGCGGCAAUGCUGAUCGGGGAUUCUGCAGAUUCAUCUCGCUUUGUUCCCCAAGUGAAAUCAUCAAGCACAACUAUAUCGCCUGAGAAAAAACUCCAGAGUUCCGUGCUUUUCGAUGGAGACAAUUCCAACAAAUCAGACCUCUUGUUUAAGAUUCCUCCUUCUCAGUCCCUAGGACUCUCGAACACUCCAAAGAGACCUUCUUUGAGCCAGCACUCGACCGCACUGGGAAACAGCAGCAACGAGAAGAUUUCCCCUACAAACCGUUCUCUAGCACGGAACGUGAGCAGUAUCUCCUUCACGCGAGUGAGAGACGAAUAG